AUGAUAUUUCCAGCUAUAUAUGUCUCAGUCACCUUGUUUUUAAUUUCGUCUUCAUAUGGAGCAGACCCCAACUUCUGUCAAGAACUCUUUGUAGAGGUUGAAUUAGAUGAUUGCAAUACAACCCACUUAACCAAUUUAGAAUCCAAGUCGGAAAACGGUAUAUGUAACCAAACUCAUGCCCAUAUGGCUGUCAUAUUGUAUAUACCAUAUAAAGAUAUAGAGGUUUUUUCAUAGAAAGUAUGGACAGAGCGGCGAACGAGCCAACCUCGUUCCCAGGCUCUUUGCUUCACAAGAGGAAAGAGCCUGGGAACGAGGUUGCGAACGAGCGAGGUCCAUGCAAAAAACAGAGGUCUGAUAUUUCACAGUACAGACCGAACAAGCGAGGUCAAUAAUCGUUUAUUAUGUGGCUGAACUGAGUCUUUGAGCAUAUGCUUUUCGCGCGAAUUAAAUCGGCUAUCGUCAGUUUCACUGGGUAACAAUAUACGGUAGGCAUGCAUGCCCAAAAAUAAUUUGGUUGUUUGAAAUUUUUAUAUGUAAAGCACAAUUGGAAAUUUAAAAUGCAAAAAAAUUUUCUGUGUGCAAAGCAAAAAUUUCCCGCCAGAUAAACGACAUCCGGUCCGGGACACCGGUCCAGAUAUGGAAAAUACGGACCAGGGUCCGGAUAUGGGUUUUACGGACCGCUUGUCAACCAAUCAGAAUAGAGAAUUUUGAAAAGCCAUAUAAUAAUAACUUCUUAUUUAUCGAACGCUCGGUAUGUACAGAGAAAUAUCGGACCGAGAUCUUUUUUUAUUUAUUUAUUUACUUUGCCAUCAUACUUAUACAUUCAUUGGCUGGGAAACCACAACAGCUAUUGCCAAUUACAGCGGCCCCAAUAGUUAUGCUGAAACAAUUUACCAGGUAUACUAAACACACACAAUAAACAAUAAUUAAACAACAGUCAUUACAUUAUGUCUAAAAGCAACAUAUCAAUGGAGAGUGCAUUAAACUUCGAGCGGGAUUACAUUUUAUACACACACUUUUCCAUGUGCGGGGAUCUUCAAUAUCGUAUGUAUUCACUAAUGCUAAAAUAUAAUACUUAAAAAGAAGAUUUUUGAAUUCUGAAAAUGUUCGGUCUUUGGAGGUAAUAUGAUCAGGUAGUGUGUUCCAUAUUCUUGAUGUUCGGAUUUUGUAAGAUUUUUCCUAGGUUGACGUCUUGUAUGUCGGAAUUUUAUAUUUGUGCGAGUUGGGGUUAAAUUAUCUUGUCUGUCUUUGACCCUGAGGUUGAGGAAAUGUUUUUUUUCAAUAUUAAUUAAAAAUGUCGUGAUUUGCCUUAUAGAAGAAUACUACGUCCAGGUAUUCGUGCCAGUAGCUGAGAGCUCGCAAACUGGUUGCAAGGAGUCGGUCUCUAUAUUCUGUAUCACAAAUAAAGUGAACAUUUAAAAUGUAUUUAGUUGCACGCCUCUGAACUCGUUCUAGUUAGUUUUCUCCAACUCAACUGUUUGGGGCGCCCAUACUUGGGUGACAUAUCCUAAGUGUGAGCGAACCAGAGAAAGGAACAGUGUUCGUCGAAUUGCUAACUCGCGAAUAUUGAAAGUUGAUAUGAUCUUCGAAUAUACCCCAGCAUUUUAUUAGCUUUUUUACUUUGUUUUGUAACUUGCUUUGACCAAGUGAGAUCAUAAUUCGUCCAUAUACCCAAAACGAGUUCGCAAUCAGUCUUUUCUAGUGUACAUGUGGUAUUUUGUAGUUGAUAAGGGAAAUCUAUUUUGUUGUACUUCCUGGUGACCUGGAGGGUUUUACAUUUUGAUUUGUUAAGAUGCAGACCAGCAUUAGAUGAGGAGGAAUUAAAGUUGAGAAGAUCAUUUUGUAAUAACAUUGCAUCGGUCCUAGAGUUAAUCACUUUAACAAUCUUAGUGUCAUAAGCGAAAGCUGCCGCGUUCGAAUUCACGAUGGAAGAAGAUAGAUCAUUGGUAUAUAAGAGGAAAAGUAGCGGGCCAAGAAUGGAACCUUGUGGUACUCCGGUUAUCACUGGUAGUGCUGUCGAUGUUGCACCGAGAACAGUAGUUUUUUUUCGGCUAUUUUUCUAGUAAGAAUCAAACCACAUUAAGAGAUUUCCUCCGAAUCCAAAUUCUCUGAAACGAUGUAGAAGACGUACGUGACUAACCUUAUCAUGGAAAUGCUUUUGACAUAUAUCCAGGUAGAUCACAUCAAUCUGCUUUCCGAGAUCUAAUUGGCUGUCGAUGGUAUCUAAAACUUCAAUUAGUUGUGUCACGCAUUAUUUUCCGGAAAUGAAGCCAUGUUGGCAAGAAUUUAUUUGACUGAAAGCAUGUUCUUUGAUACUAAUGAAUAUGCAACGCUCCAAGACUUUGGAGACAAGUGAGAGAAGAGAAAUUGGCCGAUAGUUUUCUACAUGAUCUUUAUCCCCCUUUUUGUGGAUGGGUACAACAUUGGCAAGUUUCCAUUCUCGACUCUCGAGGUACUAUUCCACUUUUUAAGGACUUGUUAAACAGAAGGCAUAGAGAUGGAGCGAUUUGAUAUGCUGUUUCGUUAAGUAAUCUUGCUGGGAUUUCAUCUGGAUCAUGCGCUUUGUUGUUAUCGAGAUUUGUUAAAACUUAGCGCACUGUUCCUUCCGACAAAAUAAUGUCAUUAAAAAUAGUGUUAGUGGUUUCGGAUAUAGAUUGUUGAUUAACAAUAUUGAUAGGAUCACUCUAGAAGAUUGAUACAAAGUAGCGGUUGAAAAGUGUUGCGAUAUCCCUAGGAUUCUCGGCAUAAUCAGGAACAUUGUCGACACUCGUUUUUAUUGAAUUUUUUUCCGGCACAGAACAUGUUGCACCUUUUAGUUUAAUUAAAUGGUGACCAGAAACGUUUGGAAUUUGUUUGGAUGUUUGUGCAGAGAGAGGAAAUGUAGUUGGAUCGGCUGAUUUUUAUCAUAAUUGUAACUCUGAGAGUUUUAAACUUGUGGCGGAGAUAGUCACUGGGAGAUUUUUUCAAUCUUUGUCUUAAGGAAUUCUAUUUGAUGUUGUGCAAAAUUUCACCAGUAAGCCACGGCACAUAUUUUCGACUUCGAAGUCUUUUGGUUGGGAUAUGAUUAGCAACUAUUGUAAGGAAAGUACUUUUCCAGAUCAGCCAGUCGUGGUCAAUAUCGCCUUCCACUGAUAUUAGAUUGGACAGAUUCUCGGAUUCGAGUGACGAUCUUAAAACAUCGAAAUUGCCACGGUGGUAGUCGUAUACUAUUCUAUUCAUAUUCACUGGCGAUUUUGGAGAUAUAAGGACAUCAAAGAGAAUUAUAAGCCAAUUGUGAUCAGUGAAAACUUCUGCUUCAGUAGGAGAUAAAACUCAUGAAUAUUUACAAGGUUGGGAACAUUGGUAAGCACAAGGUCCAGCACGUUGUUGCGUCUAGUUGGUUUGUUGUUAAGUUGAGAUAAGAAAUAGUCAUUCAUUAAUUCUAAGAAUGAAAUUUCAUUGGCUCCUUAAAGUCACCAACAAGGAUAUAUUCUCAUAGCAGCUGCAAACAUCAUUUAGAUAGUGGUUAAAAUUGUUGAGUUAAUUUUGAUCAGCGUUAGGUGGACGGUAGCAAGAGCAAAUCAAGAGUUGACUAUUUCAGGUUGUAGUUAUUUCAGCAGAGAUAAUUUCUAGAUAUUGAUUUUGAUGAACUUCUCACACCGACUUAAAUGAAUCAGUUUUAAUUGCAAAUAAUACUCCACCGCCUUGAGUUUCGCGAUCUUUCGAAGUAUAGUGUAAUCGGAGUUCAGGAUUUGUGAAUUAUCAAUGUUUCCAUUGAGCCAAGUUUCAUUGACACAAACAAUAUCAAUUUGUUCAGAAUAAACUAAGUCUUGAAAGCAGUUUAGUUUACAAACAGUUUCAGAUUCUUUUAGUUUAUGAGUGCUCAUCAAACUACGGGCAUUCAUGGCUAAAGCAUUUUACUGAUGUAUUUACAUGGGCAUUACAGGGACCAGGGUUAAUAGUAACGUCUCCUGACAAUAAAAUACAUAACAGAACGUGCAAGUUAUUAAUCUUGAUUUGAAACAGCAAGCCAUAGCGAUAAUUACAGGAAAAUGAACAUUUCCUUAUAUUUAGAUCACGUGUUGAUACCAGAUGUGGCUUGGUCUACCAGAUAUAUAUAUAUAAGUUCUGCAGAAAUAAUAAUAUUAUUUGACGUUGUGGAGGUGUUUUGUGAAACUAGUACCGGUUGAGAUCGAGGUAGAAGCAAGAGAUAUAAAGCAAUGAAUAAGAGCCAACCAGAAGUCGAAUUGGGCAAGCUUCAGGGAGUGGGCAAGUUCAUUGUAUUAACCUUUUAAUGCGGGGAAAUCCCCACGAGUGAAACCAGAUAUGUUGAUCUGUGUGAUUAUGUUCGCAGCGACCACGUCCAACAAGAAUACAAAAAUUAGUCAUCAAAUAUUGCACUCAAAAACCGCAAAAUGAAUGAAAAUUGUGCUAUUCAUGAGAUAAACAGAAAACCAACGCGACGCCAGACAAAAUUUAAAUACAAAAGUUUAAACGGUCAAAAUAAUAAAAGUACGAUGAAUCACGAACAGUACAUCCAAAUAACACAAAAAUUACAUACGAGAACAGGAACACAAUUUACAGUUCACUUAGAAAGUUACAGGUGAUAAGAACAAACGAUGACAAAGAUAUUGAAUAUAUGAACCAAAAUAUCGGGUUGUAGUGUGAGCAUCACAGCAAUAUCAUACAAAUCGCCAAAAGAUAAUCCCAAAUAAUUCCUUUCGACUAAAUUUCACCAACUCUAAAACACCAUGAAUAAAUGAACCAGAUUAAUUAGUAGAUCACCAGUUCGGUCCGAUAUUUCUCUGUAUACAUACCGAGCAAGUGAGGUUAAUAAAAAGUUUAUUAUAUGGCAUUUAGAGGCAUUUGUACUUGAAACAAGCAAGACAUGCAUGAUUUGAAAUGCAUAUUAGUAGCGUGGUACCCAUCUACAUCUAUUUGCUAAUCUGUAAGUAAUUGCUUGGACCAUAUUUAAAAUGAAUGAAGUUAGGACACACUUCUAUAACUGAUUAUUUAUGUUUUUGUCUUUAUUUAUGUAAAACUGGUCGGUUCAUCGUCACGUGCACGGCUGAUAGCAAUAUGCUUUCACCCAAUGGCUAAUGAUCACUUAAUUGAAAACCUUGCAAUUACAGGCUGACAUGCCGAAAAAGAAACAAUGCGGGCGUGAUACGAUUUCCCGUCCAUGUUUUGCAUAAACCAAGACAAAAACCUGGACAUUAUUUAUGCUUGGAGUUUCGUCCUUGGGCUUUUAUUCCUAUUAACAUUAAUGUGAAGGGCUGAAUCGUUUCCUGUUUACUCAUGCGAAAGGUUCUGGCACUUUUGUGUAGCUCACAUAAUAAUUAUAGUGGUGGCACUAUUUUAAAUACUAUUACUGUCUAUAUAGAUGAAGGGGCUUUGGAGAUCAUCGAUGCGACGGAGUCGGAUUCCCAAUUUGAUGGCGAUGAAAUUUUCAAACUUCACUGUUGUUUUUACUCCCACCCAUACUGUCCAACAAUUACCUGGUAUAAAGACGGCGUGGAGAUUAAAGAUGAUCACCUUACAAUACGCAAAAUAAGACAGGGACUGACACUCAAAGUUUUUGCCAAAUUAGAUGCUGGAGGAAAUUACACAUGUAAUGCGACCACGCCUUAUGGGGAA